AACGCACUUUGCAACUCAUCCAGGCUUUUAUGAGUAUGAGGAGAUGUAGCAAUAGGAAACAUCGCUGAAUCAACCUGUACCCCACCGUAUCCAUCAAGAGGCAGUGCUGAUAGCAAGUUGAUCUACAGCAAGGUCGACAUCAGAACUGCCGUUCGAGGCAGCGAGAAAGUGCUAGUGGAGCACGUUCCUCGACUUUGCUGUAGGCGUUGUGGGGUAGUCGUCAGCAUAGCCACUGGAUAGCGGCGGUGUGCGGGACUUUUCUGAUUGCCGUCCAGCUGAUCCCAAGUCACCGUCUAUUUAACAACUGCGGUAGUGCCAACGGGAGCGCGAUUACCGCUCCUUCACGCCGACCACCAUACAAGAACAUGUCCCCAGAUCCCUCCACCUCUCGCCCCGGUCUACGACCUUUGCACGCCGACGAAGAAGCUGAGGCAGUCGGCCACGAGAUAUGGACGGAAGCCAACGACGGGCUGCAUCUUGAACCCAACCUCGACUCGAAUGGCCUCCAGGAACAUUCGGCAGGGACGAUGAACGGUGGUGCCCCAGACGGUGAUGCGCAGUUACCGGUCUACACCUCACCCAAGAAAUACACCAUGGGCCAACGGUCGGUCAAGGCCUUCGUGAAUUCCGCACAGCUACAGGGGCAUCUUGCCCUUCUCCACGCGUUUCACGCGCUCCGCGUUGCAGUGGAGCAGGGCGCUGACGAGAGAAUACCAACUUUCGUGCAGAGAAUGGAUCCGGCGGGGCGGUGGGGAUGGUUUGUAAACUUAGCAGUUGAACGGUUCGAACGCUGGUGUUUGACGCUAGAAGAGGAUGACGUCGUGCUGGAUCAUCUUCCCCCGCUUGACGUAGUGAUGGUUUGGCACUCGUACUUGCUUAACCCCAACAAGUAUGCCGAGGAUACCACGCGCGUUCGUCAACUCGGACGCCUAACCAAGUACACCGAGGACAUGAAGAUGUUCCUGGCUCUUCCCGAUCUUCUAACUACUGAGAACCCAACUCCAGAACGUGUCCAAUCAUGGGUGCAGCGGACGUACACCGCAUAUGCACCGGCAGACGCGGUCGACAAACUGACUCAUAAGUAUAUUCAAUGUCCAAUGUGCUUCACUCACGUCGCCGCCCCGUUUGUCUCGUCGCUAGGGACAGGUUAUGCACAAAGCAAGUUUAGUCACGAUUGUGCCUGUGACUUCGUGAUUACCAAGGAGUCGCUCGGCCUCACCAAAUUCGUGAGGAACAUUGUCGAAUCUGGGGCUCCAGACAAGUAUCUCGCGAGAACCGUCAUGACCCCAACGACCAUGAUGGAUGAGAGGUUUGCAACGCGUAUCAAGGACCGUAUUCUUGCUACAAUACCGGUGCAACAAGCAUUCUCCCUGGUACCACGGUUUGAUGGACAUGAUACCGACAACUAUACCCGACAAUUACUCUUGAAUGUCGACUACUCGGUCAAGAAGUUUUACACCGCUAUGAAUCCACAGGUUAUGCCUCGAGUGCGAACGCGGAUAUUUAGCGCUUAUACAGACGAUCGUGUCUUUUCGCUUGAUCUCGUUGGUGCGGUGCUGCGCCAGGGUUCGUUCAUAGAGAAGAUGCACGAUCUCCAGUGGACCAAACCGGGAUUUUUCGAUGCUCAGGAGGACCAGCUGGUGUUGGAACACUGUAUUGCCCGCUAUCACGCGUUCUUGGGACUUAUGGCUGAAUCACCGGCGUCGUUCUUCGUACCCACCCUUGAUAUCGACCUCGCGUGGCACACGCACCAACUCAUGGCAAAAGCAUACCAAAAGGACUGCAUCAAAUAUAUCAAACGAUAUGUCGACCACGAUGAUAAGGUCGAAGAGAAUCGCCUUGCGAACUCAUUCGACGUCACCUGCCGCGUGUGGCGGGACAAAUACCAAGUACCGUACAUGUACUGUGGUUGCCCUCUCCCCGGUGACACCCUCGGACAGAAGCUCAAGCGCCUCGUGCACCGACACGCGCCCCUGGAAGCGGAGGCGCUAGUACCGACCGACACACCCAUAGCGCUUGCAGCUACGCACCCGAGCGAGCACAACGCUGUAUUCCCGCUGCAUCGCAAGAGCACGAGUAUGACGGGUCGGAAACACCGCGAGGAGAAGUUCGCCCGCCGUAUGCGCAAGGCGGCUCAUGGCAACGGCGGUGACAGUCACCUUGAACCGUGGGCUCAGAGGCGGGCGAGGGCACCAACGCAUUCGCAAGCGUUCCUAUACCCGGUUCCUAUGUAUUAUUGGAUGCCGGGUGGGUGUGUAGCUGGCGCAGGAGGUGUUGUGACGGGCCCGACGACAUCAUCAGGCAGCUGUGCGGCCGGUGGAUGCGCUUCUACGUGUGCAGCUGGCGUUGGGGCAUGCAUGACUGGUCCCUCAUGCGGAGGCGGUGCUGCAGCGUGCGGUGGAGGAACUAUAGGUGGAGGUGGUGGUGGUGGGUCAGCGUGCGGUGGGGGCGGUGGUGGGGGCGGAGCAGCGUGCGGUGGUGGGGGCGCCGGUGGAGGAGGGGGUGGCUGCGGUGGUGGAGGCGGAGGCGGAGGAGGCGGGGGUGGUUGUGGGGGUGGUGGAGGCGGAGGUACAUGCUGAACAAAGUUCUGCUCAUCGAUACCCUCGAUACGAGCACCCAUAAACACUCGAGCUCUAGUAUAGGUUUCUUUCGCUAUCAUCCUAUCCCUGUAUAUGAUCCCGUCGUCAAACAUUGUCGCCGUGUAGCAUCAUCAUUUAAUAUUCUCUAACUCAUUAACUG